AAAUUGAAGGAGACGAUUUGGACCUAGGUCUCUACACAUCGUAGGCGGGUUUUCUCCCUGUUCAAUUGCCCGUCUGUAAACGACAUUGCGCGGUUCUGAUAAAAAUCAGUUCCAUUAUUCGACGUGUCUUCAAGCGCGCUCCCGUCAAGCAGUUAGUCGCCUGCACCUGUGUGAGAGGACGAGGAGACACCUUUCAUUUCACCAUUGACAGUUUCCCCCUCAUUAAAUAAUUGUUUACUGAAAUAACCAUACACAUACCAAUUACCCAGUUGAUACACUUUUACUCGAAUAAGAACUGUUUUCCUUGCCCUGUCACAACAACAUAGCAGCCAGCUAGUUACUGUAGCAUAGGACGAUCUGAGGAAACCUUUCAGAUUUCUUCAAGUCUUGAUUUCCACGUCUGACUCUGACACCACACUACUCUGUUCUAAGCAAAGGUCAGGAACACUCCCUCAGAAAACAUUUCACUAGUGACCAUUCAUGAACAAAUCAGCAGCAUGAUGAAACACACACACAGCUGGUGCCAGACACCCCCCUCAGUCACGGUGAGAAUCAAACCCAACACAGCACACACCCUCCAGAUCAAGAGAGGCCUGAGGCUGAAGAGACCCAACCUGCAAGUGGCCCAGGGGCCUCCGGGCAAGAGUCAACCCAGCCAAAGUCAUGUCGAGGCCGCAAAGGGCAAAAUCAUAUGGGGCCCGACACUUGUCAUUCAACGAGAAGAGAUGGCAGCCUUCUUCAGACUUUUUGAUGACGAUUUGAUACAAGACUUUCUGUGGAUGGACUGCUGUUGCAAAGUCACAGACAAGUACCUUCUAGCCAUGGCGUUUGUCUACUUCAAGAGGGCUCGCUUCACUAUUGGCGAGCACAACAGAACAAACUUUUUCAUUGCACUAUACCUAGCCAACACCAUGGAGGAGGACGAGGAGGAGAGCAAGUACGAGAUCUUCCCAUGGGCGCUUGGCAAGACCUGGAGGAAGCACUUCCCUCGCUUUCUCAAGCAGCGGGACAAGCUGUGGGCUCGCAUCGAGUACCGGGCUGCCGUCAGUCGCCGCUGCUGCGAGGAGGUGAUGGCCAUCGUGCCUACCCACUUUAUCUGGCAGCGGGAGCGCGCCGAGCACCACAGCGGCGCUCAGCGUUUCUACAUUGGCGACCGGGAGAAGGUCCACAUGCCCCGUGGGCCCUCCGCCUCCCCCGCCCCCUGUGCCCUCUGCGCCAAGAGCUCCGGCCUGGGCCUCUCUUCCUCCUCGGCCUCUGGAUCCUCAACCUCCCUUACCCCCUCCUCGUCCUCCCCGCUACCCUUUGCCCUGGCCCUCUCCCUGGAGACUACUCCACCCAGGUCCCAGGUUUCAUCCUCCCGCAGACCGGGCCAAAGAAAGACUAAGGCCCAGCGCCCCUGCUGCUGCACAGAGGAGGCCCCAAGGAACGAGUCUUAUUGUGGAGCAGGACACGACCCGUCUAUGGACUGGAUCAACGAGGAGUAGAAUAGUACUACAAAAACCAACUCAGGACUACAUUUCCCAACCCUGGCCCUGUGAAACAUAUUUCAUAACAUCUUUAGAAUGCCAAUUUACUGCUCUACCUCGAUUAGGUGGUUUAAAUGGAAACUAGCAUUCACAGGGGAAUAAAUCCUAUCUUGAGGAUUUGUGUAACUCGAGUGUAGUUUUGUCUCAUUUAUCAAGUUAGGAAUUGGUUCAGGGCUUAACUUUGGAUAAAGGCAUGUAACAUUUCCCUCAACUGUCCUGACACAUGUCAUGAAAUGUAAAACAUUCGCUUCACAUUGUUCUGUGUAUACUUUUUAUGUACAAGGACUUAAGUCAAACUCUCGGGCCUCUGUGCUAUUAUUCCUUAAAGUGGGACACUCUUAACAGAACUGAUUAAUCCCUCGAAACACUUAUUUAUUUGCUAUAGCACUUCAAGGUCUUGCACAUGGGGUGGGAACUGUUGACUAAUUCCUUAAAUAUAAAUCAGCUGGAAGGAUCUGUACAGCAUUUGAUCCAUGAGUGAAGGCGUGGGUAUGUUCUGUAAUACUGACAAUAAAGGCUUAUGUCCCCCUUA